AUGCUCAAGGGGAGGCUCCGCGUCGACCCGCGCGCGCGCGUCGCGCUCGACUGGGUGGCGCUCGCGGCGCUCGUCGCCGUGUCGAUCGGCAUUGAGGAGGCGGAGCCGUUUCAUCAGGAGGUGACGAAGAUGACCGACUUGCGGUACGAGAUGUCGCGCGUGCAGCCGCAGAGCGUGCCGUCGUGGUCCGUCGUGGUGAUGGCCGCCUCGCCGCUGCUCGCGGUCGCGGCGUGGUGCUUCGCCGCCGUCCCGCCGACGCGGCGGGGCACGGAGGUGCACGCGGCGGUGCGCUCGCUGCUCGCGUCGUGCAUCAUCACGCACGUGCUGACGAACGUGAUGAAGGUCACGCUCGGGCGGCUCCGCCCGGACUUCUUCUUCCGCUGCUGGCCGGACGGCGAGGCCACCUACGGCAGCGACGGCGUUGCGGUGUGCUCUGGCGACGCGGACCUGAUCCGCAACGGACGGAAAAGCUUCCCCUCGGGGCACUCUUCGCUCGCCUCAGCAGGGCUGACGUGGCUGUCGUGGUACCUCAUGGGGCGUGCGAAUCCGCUCGACUCGGCAACGCGGGGACAGGGCGGCAGGGUGCCGCUGCUCGCGCUGGUGCUCGCCCCGACCUUCGGCGCGAUGCUCGUCGCCGCGACGCGCGUCCGGGACCACUGGCACCACCCCUCCGACGUCAUCGCCGGCUACUUCAUGGGGGUGUUUCUGUCGCUGGCGGCGUACGUGGCGUACUUCCCCGUGCCGUGGUCGCACAGCCCGGACACCGCGGGAGCGGGCCGCCACCGCGCCGCCGCGGGCGGCGACGGCGCGAGCAGCGGCGACGCAGGGUCCGUGAGCAUGCAGCGGUUCGACGCGGCGGGGGUCCCGGGCGGCGCGCUCGGGCCGCCGGAGGGAAGCAUGGCGUGA